GUAUCCACUGGGGAAGGGUGGCCGCAAGUUUUGCAGCACUCUGUGGAUGUGACCGAGGAGGACCGGGGUCCCAGUCAGGGAAACAGAAUGGAGAUGUCCAUCUUUUACGUCAUUUAUUUUGUGGUGUUUCCCUUCUUCUUCGUCAACAUAUUUGUGGCCCUCAUCAUCAUCACCUUCCAAGAGCAGGGUGACAAAAUGAUGGAGGAGUGCAGUCUGGAGAAAAACGAGAGGGCUUGCAUCGACUUUGCCAUCAGUGCCAAACCUUUGACUCGCUACAUGCCCCAGAACAGACAGACCUUACAGUUCCGGCUGUGGCACUUUGUGGUGUCUCCUGUAUUUGAAUACACCAUACUGACGAUGAUCGCCCUUAACACCAUCGUUCUCAUGAUGAAGCAUCAUGACAAUAUUGACGGCUAUGACAAUGUACUAAAAUACCUCAACACUGUUUUCACUGUUAUUUUCACUGUGGAAUGUGUUCUCAAGAUCCUGGCAUUUGGUAUUACGAAUUAUUUCAGAGACACAUGGAAUAUAUUUGACUUCAUCACAGUUCUAGGAAGCAUCACUGAAAUUGUGGUUGACAAAGUCCACACAGCAAAAAGUUUUAAUAUGGGCUUCCUGAAGUUAUUCCGGGCAGCUCGGCUGAUUAAACUUCUGCGUCAGGGCUACACCAUCCGUAUUCUGCUUUGGACUUUUGUCCAGUCUUUCAAGGCUCUACCAUAUGUCUGUCUGCUAAUCGCCAUGCUGUUUUUCAUCUAUGCCAUCAUUGGCAUGCAGGUAUUCGGCAACAUCAAGCUAAAUCCAAAAAGCCAUAUCAACGAACACAAUAACUUUAAGACAUUUUUUGGUGCACUCAUGCUGUUGUUUAGAACAAAUGAGAAAAAAGAUUGUGGUACCGAGUUUGCAUACUUCUACUUUGUCUCCUUCAUCUUCUUCAGUUCUUUUCUGAUGCUAAAUCUGUUUGUGGCCGUGAUUAUGGAUAAUUUUGAGUACCUGACACGUGACUCGUCCAUUCUGGGUCCUCACCACUUGGAUGAGUUUGUACGGAUCUGGGGAGAGUAUGACCGUGCAGCAUGUGGCCGUAUUCAUUACACUGAUAUGUACGAGAUGCUGACCUGCAUGUCGCCACCGCUUGGCCUGGGCAAGAAAUGCCCCUCCAAAGUGGCGUAUAAGCGGUUGGUUCUGAUGAACAUGCCAGUGGAUGAAGACAUGUCCGUCCACUUCACCUCCACUCUUAUGGCCCUGAUACGCACCGCGCUGGACAUUAAAAUCGCUCGAGGGGGUGAGGACAGGGGUCAGAUGGACAUAGAAUUGCAGAAGGAAAUCAGUGUCAUCUGGCCACACCUCUCCCAGAAAUCUCUUGAUCUGCUUGUACCCAUCCACAAAGCCAGUGACAUGACCAUUGGGAAGAUUUAUGCAGCCAUGAUGAUCAUGGACUACUACAAACAGAACAAAGCUAAGAAGCUCCGGCAACAGCUUGAGGAACAGAAACAUGCACCGAUGUUCCAACGCAUGGAUGCAUCUUCACUGCCACAGGACAUUCUCUGCAGUGCCAAAGCUCUGCCAUUCCUGUCCCACAGUGCAGGAUCUGCCCUGAGUAGAGGUGGGUUUGUGGCACUGAGUCCCAUCUCCCCUCAAGAUCUCUUCAUGCAGCCCUUGGCCCAAGACAGCAUGGAAGAGAGGGAUGAAUACCAACACCAGUAUCACCUUCAGAGUAUGGUGCCCGAGCACAAAGAAUUUAGCAGUGCGCUGUGCCCCACUAGCAUGCAGGUCGAUCCUCUGCAAGUGCCAGGGAGAGGCGUCUCUAUCCGAGCCUCUUCCAUGCCUCGCCUGGCGAUAGAGCCACAGGUGUCUUCAGAGAGCAAACUGAUGAAGCGCUCGUUCUCCACGAUCGGUGAUCAGUGUGUGAAUGGUGACUGGCAGGAAGAGUUCUCGCUGGAGAGGGUGAGCCCAGACAGACUGGAAAGACCCAGGCAAAGAAGCUUCAGAGCUGUCAGGUCAAACCUGCGGGAGCCAGUGGACAAAGAGAGAGGACGGUCUAAAGAGCGAAGACACCUGCUGUCUCCAGACGUGUCUCGCUGCAACUCAGAGGAAAGGAGUCAGUCCCAGGAGAGACGCCACUCUCGAUCGCCCAGUGAGGGCAGGAAGCACACAACCCUCAGACAGGGAAAUAGUUCAGGCAGCCCAGUUCCUUCCACUUCUGAUUCAGGGACGCCACGAGGGCGCCGUCAACUCCCACAGACACCUUCUCGGCCUCGGCCCCACAUCUCCUACUCUCCAUUAGUGUGCCGCGCUCAACCCACACAAGGGGAGGUUCGGGCACGGGCCCAGCCCGCAGAGGAAGGGGAAGAACCAACCGGGACGAGGCCAGGCACCGCCAUGGCCCACUCCACCCCUCACCGCUACAUCUCGGAGCCAUACCUGCCACUGCAGGAGGACGUUAACAGUCCGAACUCAAGUGGUGUAAAGGAGACUCUCACUUUUGAGGCUGCCAUGGCAACCAGCCUGGGACGCUCCAACACCAUCAGCUCCGCUCCACAACUACGUCACACCUGGCAGGUGCCUAACGGACAUUUCCGUAAACGACUAGCACAAGCCACGUCGGGGACAUCAGGCUGCGAGCUUCUCAGUGACACUGAUGAGGAUGACCGGUGUUAGAUUGACGUUCGGAUUGAUGCCUCUGAACUUUGUGCCUGGAUCUAAGGAAAAAAUAUGCCUGUGUGUGUUUAUUUGUGUGUCUGUGAAUGUGGAGUCCGAUCAGAGAUGUGUAAUCAUCUCAGAAGAACCAUACUAAAGAACUGAUUGUGGUGAAAGGACAGCAGCAAACAUGUUGAAAUGAUCAACAGUCCAAGCAUGAGCACACUGAGGUUGAAGAUCGGGUUUGUGCCCUUACACUUUCUCUGAACCCGCCCAUAGAUGAAGCGCUGGCUAAUGCAGAUGCAUCCAAACGCAUCAUCAGGAUUUGGGUCUUGCCUGAACGCACUCAGGUUUUCAAACCUGCCUCCACAUAUUGAGAUGUCCCAUCAGCAGAAAAUCUGUAUACUGCUAAUAAGGACAGUGUGUUCAGACACAGCAUUUACAUGGACCUUUCCUGGCAUGGUAUACAGCAGUGUACAUGUGGAUGCCACUUGUUUAUGAUUUUCAGAGGCUGAUGGGCAGAUGACAGAUGCGUAACGGGGGCUUUGACAUCCUGAUUGUUCUGCUACCUGUGUCGAAAGUUUAUUUAGGAGGUACACACAAGCAUACACUCCAAUACACACACUCAGAAUGCAGGCAGUGAUGUUCAGUCUGUCUAUGACGAGAGGUAAAUACCCCUUUAACUACAUAUCGUAAUAAUGACUGACAUUCCGUGAAGUUAACAGGGAUGUGAAGGGCCUGAUAAAUAGUGCAUGACGUUAAUGCAAGUGGAUCCAGGUGACGUCCUGGCCUUUAACAGUGGAGUCUAUAUGGAGGACUCAUGUAUUGUAUGUAAAUAUUAUAAAUCCAGUAUAUGUACUGAGAAGUUUCCAAGCCAUGUUUUCUGUAAAGAAUAUAAAUUGUCUUAAAGAUGUUAUCUUUUGUGACACAAUGACCAAUCCCUGUCCUUUCUAUUUGUAAUGCAAUCUAUUUGAAAUGGUUCACAUACACCAUGUUAUGUUUGAUUAGACUUAUCUCAUUAUUCUUGGCCCUUAAGAAAAUUUCUAAAGUUUCUCUUGGGGUGAAUCUCACAAAGACUGUCAGGGUCAUUAUUUCACCACAAAGCCAAGAGGAAAAAUAAACUAUUAUAUUUUGCAAAAAGAAAAUGAAGCAUCCAAUAUGCAAGCAACCAUUAUGAAUUUUUGCAUUGCUACAUAUAAUUUUUUACUUGUGCAGUAAAUACAAUACAAAAGUACAAUGGGUUGCGAACAUUAUAUCAAAAUGCAAAAAAAAAAAAGGAUAUUUACUGUUGUUGUGAAGUAUGAAUACAGGAGAGUCUUAUGAGAAUCUUGUGAUAAUAAAAAAUUCUGGAUGCAUUGCAAUCAUGAGAAUUUGGGGGAAAUAAUGUCCUUAAAAUAAUGUCACAAUGCAAAUAAUCUUAAUGGUACACAAAUAGGGAUCCUUUCUUCCUAUGCAAAUUAUAAUUUCAAAGCAACAACAACAAAAAGGGUAAGAUAUGACCUGUACAUGUUUAACUGUGAUUCACCCCUCUAGCUCUAUUAAAAUAAUGGGAAAGCAAUUACAGUGAGUGUUUGUUGCCUUUGGGUUAAUUUGUAAUUGUGAAUUUCCGUUUAUAGUUUGGCAUAGAAACUGAAUGAGUCUUGUAGUUUAAAUUGAUGAGAUGCAUCACCUCCUUCUUACGUGCUAGGCCUAGCAGAAAAGCUGCUCUUGCGAAUGCAUUUGCAAAAUUCAAAAUGUACGUGUAGCCUGAAUAUGGUGAGCUGGGACUGAAAAGUAGCUGUAGGAAAUGGGCGUAACGUGUAAUAUUAGUCUUUUGAGUAUUGUAACAGAAGUAUGGAACCAGUGUUAUUGGUCACCCAACAUGCCUCCUCAGACUGGUCUCCUCUCUCGAUUCCACAUAAAUGAUACAAAGAAACAAACAAAACAAAGAUAAUUACAUAGCAUUUUUUAAUUAAUAAAGAUCUUUGGUUAGUUUCUGUAUAUUCCAGCAUCUUAUUAUAAGCAUUUUAAAAUCAGUUGCCCCUCAAGAGAACUUCUGUAUCAUGUGUUGUGUUGUAAUUUGUUUUCUUGACAUGUUCCUGAAUGUGAAUAGAGAGUAUUUGGUACUUGUUCUUCAUGGCCUGCUGGGGGUCGCUGCCUUGU